UUUUACACUUCUGGUCACACUUAAACGAAUUAUACGUGGAUUCAACAAAAAACAUAAAUAACACAAAAAAUGGCAAAUAAACAGAAAGCAGAAGAAAAACCAAACAACGAUUGGGAUCAAAGUGAUGAGGAUGACAACUGGGAUGACUGGGGCGAUGAUGAUGAUAAAUUUGUCCAUGUGGAGAGUGAAGCGACACCCGAAAACAGAAAUGACACCACCCAGGCAAAGCCAGCAACAACAACAACAACAGCAGCUCCUGAACCACAGCAGGUUCAAAAUCCAGUUUCCACUGCUUCCUCCUCCACAUCCAGUUGGGGUGGUUUAUGGGGUGGCAAACUAAGCUCAGUCCUUAGCACAGCUACUGAAGGAUUGGGAACACUAGGCAACCAAGUGAAUCAGGGCUUGAAUCAAAUUAUAGGCGUACCCCAACCUGAAGAGCUAGCAAAAAUUAAUGUCGAGGAGCAAAAGCAAAAGGUAGAACAAGAUGCAAGUGAAAUGCCUGCACAAGAGUCAAACACCGAGCAGCUGAAUGAAAACGAUGAGUCCGCACAAGCAUUUGGUUUGGAUUUCGUUACCAAUUUGGGAUCAAAGGUUCUCAACACGGGUCUGGACACACUGGAAGGCAUUGGCAAGAAGACCAUGACAAUUUUACAGGAUAAUGAUCCCAAACUGAUGAAUAAAAGAAAAUUGCUUGGCCUUGAGGCGAAUAAACCAAAUUUAAGUGCAAUUCUGUUAGAAGCCAAAAAGGAUGCCGAUCAAUUAGAACAAUCUUUGGCCCAACUCCAGUUAGAGAAACAAAAGGCUCAGUUGAGAUUUGAAGUUUUGUUUGAAAACUAUUGCGGAUUAGUGCAUUUUGAGGCUUUGGAAAUUUUAUCCAAAGAAUCCAGGCUCAAAUUGGACACUCUAUUGGAGGCAGUGAGUGGCAAUGCAUUGACUGAUUUGAAAGAAACCAUUGAAGAGGUAAAAGAACUUCUGGAGCUGGAAGAUCUGGAGUGCGAUAGUGAAGGGCAUUACGAAGCCAAUGAGUUGGGCGAACGUUUGCUAUCCUCAAUAACAGACGCAGAUCUGGGGAUUCAAUUCGAUGAACUGGCCAGUCACUGGUCAAACUGUCUCAACUGGCUGAACUCUGAAGAAGCUAAUUCAACUGCUGACUUGGAUGAGACGUAUGCAAAAAGUAUACACGCUCUGAGCGAGGCUUGCUCUUUGGAAAUGUUGAAACUUCAUAAAAUUGCCGAACUCUUGCUGGUCAAGCCGCAUCACAGCACAGCCAAUGAAGUGGAUGGCAUUGUGAAUCUAUGUAAACAAUUCAAUGGACAUCUUCAGGGUCUGGCGCAUCGCUAUGCGGCCAUAUUAACCAGCAAAGGUGCCCAAGAUAAUGGAGCCUUGACAGAGGAGUCCAAAUCGAAAGUCAAUACAUUCUUUGCCGAAAUGUUGUCGGCUGUUCAAUAUAUUGAAAAGGCAUAUAAACUCUUUACUCCCAUUUUGCAAAUGGGUGCAGUUUAAAUGCAAAAACAUAAAUAUUCUCUUAUAUAUUAUUAUUAUUAUUGUUUUGUUGUAACUUUCUUAUAUUGUGUCUAUUUCUACGUGAUUUAUAAAAUUUGAAUUGAAUUCGA